GAAGCGUCUUCGGCACCCUGGGGUACCAACGACCUCAGAAUUGUUGGAAUGGCAGAAUAAGCGACCUCCAUUUAAGUCUCCCUGGUUGGAUGCCAUGGAUUAUGUCCGACAUCAUCCAUAUUCGGUCGCAACGGUGCGGGAUAAUGAAGCUCAUGCUCCACCGUUGGUCAUUGUUGACGACGAGAGGUCAGUAGGAAAUGAGAGUCCUGGCUGCCAUCUACGGGUGUCCGGGUCGGAAUCGGGUACAAAGAGUCCUGUCGAGCUAUUGGAGGAGCUGGUCAGGAACCUUCCUGAAGAGCCUUCAACUUCGGGGACUCCUAGAGUACGAAGCACGGGAACGGCGGUUCCCGUAAAAAGACGACGAGGUCCACGUUCGGACAAGGGACAGCCUCGCAAGAAGAGGAUCGCAAAACCGGUGGCUGUCUCCAGUGAUGAUUCGGGAGUAACGGGGACGACUCCGGUGCUGAGGAUAAUGCUAAAUCAACCUCCAGCGAUUUCUCUGAGGUUGCCGUUGUCGGGGGCUCAUGUGUACCUGGGUAGUCAACCCAUGUUCCGGGUUCCCUUCAAGGUGACCUUCCUGGAGGGCCACCAAUUUGUGAUCCCGUUCGUGGAUCCUAUUGUGGGGGUCCUGUCCCCGAUGACAUCUCAGGAGGCUCGUUGGCUAGCAGAGUGUACUCCUUGGCGUGUAAUGGACCAUUUUAUCCAUGAAACGGUGAUGUCGUUGAUGAUUUGCUUGUGCCCAGCGCACUUUCAGGACCGGAUGUAUGGUUCUCCACCUAGGAUCCAGUCAGUGUUGGAAGAGCUGCGCAGGGUUGGCGGAGGAUACAUUGAUAAAUAUAAUAGAUUUUGUGAAGUUUACGUUGGUUCUUAUCGACACGGGCACGGAAUAGGGGCUUUCUUGAGAGGUCUUUUUCGACGAGUUAUACCUCUCCUGAAAGGUGUUGCAAGUGCUGUUGGAAAAGAGGCUCUCAACGCAGGUAUGAAUGUCGUAGGAGAUAUAGCUAUCCGUCAAAUACCGUUAAUAGAAAUGGCUAAUUAA